UGCUUUCUACUUUUCUUUCGCAACUACAUAGAGCGGGCAUGAACGCGCCUGAAUCAAACAUAACCAGCUCCGCAGCACCUGACUCCGACACUACCUUCGUCCCUCAGGUUUCAUCGUACAAUGACUGCAUGACUUGUCGCAUCAUAGGAAGCGGCGCGUUCGCUGCAACCGGCAUCUAUGCCCUGAGAAUGGCUCGUCCUAGUGCACCGGGGAGUAUAGCUGGCAAAAGAGUCAUGGGUGGGCUGGGAGUCUGUGAGAUAUUUGUUUGCACUCUUGUUAUCCGCUGAGUUUUUUGGUGGCGGGCGCUCUGAGGUGGCGAAUGUGAAGCUAGAUUGGGGAACUCGUUGAAUGUUGGCUACACUGUGCCAGUACACGCUGGAUAUAACCUCACUUUUACACGAACACUACCAGAUGAGCGAAAACAUGGUUAUUCACUAAACGAUGGUCAAUUCCAAUUCUAGUCGAGUGCUCGGCUCUCGCUAUUAGGAUUGCCUACGUGACUGGUUACUAUAUGCAAGCGGU